AUGGAAAUAUCCCGCUUCAUCGAGGCAUUUCGGUCCUUGGAUACGACUCUCGAUCGACGACAUGCCCUGGACACGUUAGUAGGAGAGCUGACAUCUCACGAGUGGCGCGCUUUGCAUGCCAUUCUCAGUCAACAUACCUUUCCGUUUGACAUUGUCGGUCAACUCCCCCAUGAAAUCGUCGCUCUAAUAGUCGGCUAUUUGGACAUUGCCCAGCCCUACUCUCUGCAGCGCGUAUCGAGACGAUGGCAGUCCAUCAUGGAAAGCCUCGCUGUACGCAAGGUAGGCCUUCACAACUGGUAUCGCGAUACCAUGUCUCUUCAUCAUCUCGAUUCUGCAACCUGUACACGAAUGGCCCAGAGGAUCCACGCAUUCCGCACCGGCAAACCAUGCAGUCACUUCAUGAUUGAAUUUGAUCGGUCCAUCGUGUCCCCGACCCUGGUCGAGGAUACGCUCCUAUGGAUUCCAGAAGAUCAUCCAUAUGACGGUACACGCUUAGGAGAUUGCAUCUGUCUACUAAACUUGCGCUCAUGGAACUUCCGGAAAUUGAGAGGAGAUGCGCGAGAACAAGUGCACUCUUUUACAGCCUCAGAAGACAUUGUUGCUUUGAUGACAUUUACGCACAAGUGUUAUGUCUGGGAGCUUCAUGGGGAAGGUUUCAAGCAAUUCAAGGUGCCAAGUCAAGAUUAUCUCAAGACUGCAACUUGCCGCGAACGCACUGUUGCAUGCGCUGCCGUGGGUGCUGAGAAGACAUCUGUCUACAUCUGGCACUUUGACAGUCAACAUGGGCAGACUUUUGUAAUCGAAACGAACCCUCAGAUUCCAGACGACGUGGAACUCGGCCCUCCUUAUUAUGACUAUAUUGAAGCAAAGGAAUUUCUAGUACGGUCCACUCGGCUUCUACUUCAGCCCAAGACGUCUAGCAUCAUAAUUAUCACUCACGCCUGGGCCUGUAAUGUAAUGGCAAAGAUUCAGCCUGGGUCUCGCACGUUUGGGCUUCAGAGGGCGCUCCAACUCGGCCCUAUAGUCAGCAGUCGGUUCAGCUAUGACGGAGUGUGUCUCGAUCGCUCUUCCCUACCUCUUGACUCCCAUUUUCUGGAGAUAAGAUUGAUCUGUGAUUACAGGAAGAACUACGGCCUUGUCCCAGUCGAUCAACAGGGCCAUUUCACCCUCGAAGUGGCUUGUGAUGGCCCGGAAGACGAGAAGCGACGGCAAGAGUAUGAUGAACAUUUCGACCAAGACCUGGAGCUCUGGGUAGAGUUUGACGAACAUCUGAACAGAUUCAAUCCCACUAGCGAACGAUCAUGGAGUCCUUCUUCGACAGGGUGGUGGAAUGAUGUCUACUUCAAACCUGGAGAGCCGUACGUUCAAAACAUCCCUGACAGCAUGAUGUACAUGGCCACGGAUGCAUAUAUGGUCGGCAAUACAAGUGGAUAUGAACAGCAUUUCCUCUCUAUUCCGAGGCCUGGGAAAAGAUUCCGUCCCGGCCGUGACGACUAUCGCGCAUGCAGCAAUGGUAGCUAUCUCGUACGCAGUUUCGACAGUGCAGCUGUAGUCUAUUGUUUUGACGAGAGUAAUGACCGACCUAAAGAAGAUGGGCCUUUCUUUACCGAAGGUGUCUUCUUGACUUUGGAUACUAGUGUACGGUCUGAACCAUAUAAUUAUAAGAAAUGGGAAACGUAG